GCUAGACCUGGGCCCACUAUACUUCUCCUGCUACCUUUCCUCCGUCCAGAGUCCGCAGCGCAGCCGCGUUCAUCUCGUUGUGCCGCCGCCUCCUCCCCUCCCCUCCCUUCCCAGCCCACCGAGCCGCCGCCCUUCGCGACUCCUGCCCGUUGGUCUGCUGCCCUCCUGCCCCCGCGCACCGCCCCGCCGCUUCAUCCGACCGGGCUGCUAGCGAUGGCGACCGAGCCGCCGCCGGCCGAGAAGAAGAAGGCGCCGCUCCCCAAGGUGGUCACCCUCAACAAGGCCCUCAAGCUGGCUCAGACAUGGGUGGACAAAAUGAGUGCGUCAGAUCCGGAUGAACCAACCGAUAAGGAUUUUGAGGGCCGGCCAUCAAGGCUUGGUCUUGGUGCUAAAGUGGCACCUAGUGUGAAGCGCGCAGCUCCCACCGAUCCCGUUGAGCGGAGGUUGCUUGGGAAGGUGAAUGCGCAAAAGAGAAAGUCCAUGGAGGAUGAGAAUAAAACUGCCAAGGAGGUGAAUGAGGCUAGUGAUGAUGAUAGCGAUGAACCUGAAAGCAGAACCAAUGCCUUCAACAAGAAGAGGACAUUGCCUUCAGUUACUUCCAUGCCUUUAGGGAACAAGGCAAAGUGACAAGUUGUAUGCAUGAAUCUGAGCGUUCAUAUCUGCAUGUUUUGACCAGAGUUUGUACAAGCUCCCUGGUUGAUGCUAUUUCAUGGGCUAGUAUCCCCUUUGUCAGUCUAGUGUGUAAUUUCCGAAUGUAAAGCGAUAGCUGUGCUGGAUAUUGUUAAUGCUUAUUUGUAGUUCGGAAGUUCCAAUACUGUCUGUUCAAAGUUGAAUACCCUGUGAUAUUCUCAUUUGAUUAUUUGAAGUUUCUAGCCCAUUGAUUUUACAU